AUGCCGCGCUUGCGCAAGCUCUGCCUGACGUUCUUCUCCAUGCGGCCUAUCAACGCGGCGACCAAGGCGUACCUUCGUGGCCUGAAGACGGUCGAGCAUCUGCACCUCACGCACUCACCGGGUGAUUUCAUCGUGCCGCUAUCGAGCGCACAUAUGGCACCCAUGAGCCGAAGGCGGUCUAUAACGGCGCUGCAGGACAUGAGCAUGGCCGAUGUAAGAGAUGUCCUGAACGGAACGACGACACCAGCGGAAGACUUGCUCUUUCCCGAGCUGCACACCGUCUCCCUCAACACACUGAAAGCCUCCGAUGUCGCCUGGCUGUGCAAUCUCGUCGCCGUACGCGCUCCGCGAAUCCGCACGGUCCAGCUAUCUUCCUCCGCGAUGCGGCACCUCGAGGGCAGCCUGCGACGACGCGGGGACAAGAUCGAAACAUCGCCUCUAACGGUGCUGGGUAGUCGAAGGCAUGCGGAGGACGUGCAGCUUCCGAAGGAUGUGGGAAGGUGGCUGAGGGAAAGGGUGCGGGUGGAGGCUGAGGAAGAGCAUAGGGAAGGUCUCCAUCAGCUUUCGCGGGACGUGGUUGAUGGGAUUGGAAUCACGCAGGAGUUUACUUUGUGA